AGGUACCCUAUGAUGCUCGGUCUUUCAUUCAAAAGAACAGAGACACUUUAAGUGAAGACUCAGUUGCAUGUCUUAAGACAAGUGAAAGCACUCUUAUACAAGAUCUGUUCACUGUGACAGAAAGCAUUACUGGCUCUAUUUCACUGUAAGCUUCAUUACUUUCUCAGUCCAUACAGUUUGGAAAUAAUUAUAUUAUGUACAAUGUUUAUGUGGCAAAAAAGUGCCAAGUAUUAAAAGAAAAAUAAGUAUAUAUAUUAUAUAUAUAUAACUUUUUAGCAAAAAUAUACAGCUAUUUACUUUGUUAAGCUAUAAAACAUGUAUUUUUAAUGAGCUUUAUUAUCAGUAAUUUAGAAACAAUUUAUGCAAACAAUGUUCUACAUUUAUUAUCCAAAAGUAACAUUUUAUUUUUAGACAGUACUUUUUGCAAAUGCUUUUUUGAAAUAUAAAUAAAUAAUAAAUAAAUAAAUAUUAAAUAAAUAUUUGAGUUAUAAACAUGUUAUGUAAUAAAAAUAGAAGAAUUUCAAGUCAAUUUUAAACAAUGUCAAAAAUAUUUAUGUAUAUAAUUUAAAGCAAAUAUAAAACUUUUUUUUUGUCAUAAUUUUUACAGGGCUCGGUACAAUUUUCGAGGAUCUAGACGACCAAACACAAAACACCCAGUAUUCACAGAAGGGAACUUAUCUCAAAGUAUUAACCAAAGCAGAAAUGUUUCACUCAGACAAAAGUAUGUAAAAACGAAAUAAUUUUUUUUUCCCUUGAAAAUAAACAGUGACAUAGGACAAAAAAAAAUCACUUUGAUUUUUUGAGAAGCAUUCAUUUUUUGAGAGAGUUAUUAUACAUUUUAAUCUGUUUUAUUUGUUUCCAUUUACUUCAAUCUAUUUAUUCUAAAUAAAUUGUUAUACAAAUUAUUGUGACUAGAUUUGGUGACAAGCCUCCCAGCUUCAAGCAAGGGGAUAGAGCUAAACAAAACACUCAUAUCACAUAGUUUAAGGUAAGAUAAAAAUAAUUUAAAUGUAAAAGAUUUUUUAACUUAAUUCCUAAUACUGGUGCUCGUGCAGUUUCAUAAAUGAUAUAAUUUAUGGACUUUUGGGUGUGUGCAAAUAUCUGUCAUUACAAGUCCUUAAUCAAUCAGCAUCCUUAGAGAUUCUGGCAAUAUCAAAUUUGAAUAUUUGACUUAAUCUUUACAGAAUUCCUUGGAUGAAUUGCUAAAAUCCAUGAAAGGUGCACAUCCAUAUUUUGUCAGGUAUGAAUUUCAUCUUAUUUAUUCUUAGGUUAUUUAAAUCAUGAAGACUAAUGGAGUCAUGGUGUAAAAAAAAUUAAUGCAAAGAUUUUAAUGAUUAUUAAAAUAUCCUACUUUAAAAUUAACAUAAUUAUGAAAACUUUCUAGAUAGAUACAUAACUUAUGAGCUCAGCUUGUGCAAAUUUACUUCUAAAUAUAGAUUUCACUGCAUCUUAUUAAGUUUGUAUAUUUAAUAAAUUCAGAUGCAUCAAACCAAAUGACAGACAGAAGCCAAAUGACUUCUCAGAAGAAAGAGUCAAAAUUCAACUUCAAUACAAUGGUGUAAAGGAGAUAGCUAGAAUUCGUACAUUUGGAUUUCCUUUUCGUCUUCCUAAGCAUGACUUUGAGCUAAAGUAAGAGGAAAUACGCUAAUUAUAUAAUUAUUUUUUUUAAUAAUUCUUUUAAAAGAAUUUUAAAUUUUGAUCUUUUGUAAGUUUUUGUUUGAAAAGUAAUGUCAAUUAUAUUUUUUUUCUAUGUAAGUGGAUCAAAUCCUUUUUAAUUCAUAGAUGAAAAUAUGAAAAUGAUAAAGCGGGAUGAGUUGCACAAACUCAUUGAAAUUGAUUCAUGAACAUUCUUGUUUUUGUUGCUGCUUUUUAUUUGAACAUCAUAGCAAAGAAAGUUCAAUUUCCAGCCUUAAAUAUUUUGUGUCAGUGUUACUUGAGAUGACUAAGGGACUGAUCACAGAUUUUAGCUCCAAACUCUCCCAUCAUCACAAAUGUAUUACAAAAAAUUAGAUAACGUUAUCAUGUGAUGUAGCAAAUAUAUGACCCUACACUUAUAUGCAUGACAUUAUAUGAUGAUGGCCCCUAAUAAUUUUUUGCUAAAUCUUUAUUAUAUGAAUGUUUACAGAAUGGUUAUAAUUAUUUUGUUGUCUAGCAUUAAAAAUCUUUCAAACUUUGUUUUUGUAGAAAAUCAAAUCUCAGCUGUAGUGAACUCAAAUUAAUUUUAACUUAAUAGGUUCAAAGAUUUAGCACGUGAGUACACAGGAUCUCAGUUGUCUAAAGCAAUAUUUGAUCAAAUUGUAGCUGACCCAACAACAUACAAAGUGGGAAAGACACAG